UAAAAUUUCUUUGCUCUGCCAUGCUUUGUAGAUAUUUGAUAUUUUUGAUGUCCACGACAAUGGCCGUAUUUGCAGAAUUUGUUCAAAUAUUGAGCGUUUUCCACCCAAAAACUCCUGACUCAGUCAAAACUACAUAUGCUUUUAAGUUAUAUGAUCUGAGGCGCACUGGUUACAUCGAGCACGAAGAGUUGAAGGAGAUGGUGCUGGCGCUUUUAGACGAGUCUGAUCUGGUUCUUUCAGAUGAUAUUGUCGAAAUGAUUGUGGACAAGGCAAGGAUUUUGACUCCGUUUAUCUUUGAUGAU